AUGGGCUAUAUGAUGACGACAGCGUGGACGCCGGCGGCAAUCCUGCCGCUGGUUCUCAAGCUUGCUGCUGUGCUGAUAACGGUCGGCGUUCUAAAGGUCGCUUUGAAAGCUUACACAAUCAGAAGAAAGUUCAAGCAGGUAAAAGCGCAAGGCAUUGUAGGUGUGACCCUCUUUACUCUUGGAAGGUACUUCCCAGACAUGGACCACUGCCCACCAGUCAUCUAUCUCGACCUAUGGCCUGUGUUGAAGGCCCCCAUCGUGGCUGCUUACAAGAACACCGUCGCGGCGCAGUUCACCCAGACAAAGAACCUCGAUAAGCACCAAAUCUCCCUCGAUUUCAUGAACCCUUUGACCAAGGGCAAGGAUAUUGCGACACUUCAAGGCGACGAGUGGAAGAAAUGGCGAGGCUGGUUCAACCCGGGCUUCAGCGCGAGAAAUGUUUCCACCAUGGUCCCCGAGCUCAUUGAAGAGAUCAAAGUCUUUGCCGAGAACUUGCGGCAAAGGGUGGGCCAAAAUGGGUCGUGGGGCCCCAUGUUCCAAUUCCGCAACAUGACAACCGCUCUGACAUUCGACAUCAUCGUACGUGCCGUUUUGGACGAGCGUCUUCAUGAGCAGACUAACCCAACCGGGGGCCCGCUGAGAGUGGCACCAGCAGAUCAACUGAGACUGAUGGGCAUACGGCAAGCGUUCAGCUUCGGCUAUCUGUUCCCGUGGCAGAACAAGGCCGUGGAUCGCAACAAUCGAAUUGUACACAGCCAACUCGCCCCUAAUGUUGUGCGCUCCCUCGAGUCCGGCCUCAAGCCAUCAAAGAAGAAGACGGUGCUCAACCUAGCCCUUAUGCAUCUCGCCGAGGAGGCUGGUGGGUGCCCCAUUGACCCAACCACGGACCCGGACAUGAUGGAGACCAUCCUGGGUAACUUGAAGACUUUCCUGGUCGCCGGGCAUGAGACUACGGCGAGCGCCCUGUGCUUCAUGUUCAAGGUCCUACAGGACAACCCGGACUGCAUGGCCAGGGUCCGCGCCGAGCACGACGAGGUCCUGGGCCCUGACCCUGACCAAGCAGCCGACGUUCUCAGCGGCUCGCCUCGGUUGCUGAACUCGCUACGGUACACGCACGCGGUAAUCAAGGAGACGAUGCGCAUAUACCAGCUCGCUUCCACCAUGCGAGGUGGCGAAGCCGGUUUCUACCUGAGUGAUCCAGAGACCGGCAUGCAGUAUUCCACCGAGGGCUUCCUGGUGUGGGACGGCGGGCCAGGAAUGCAGCACGAUCCGUCUCUGUGGCCGCACCGAGCCUUCGCCAGUCGCCCUCGGGACUGCAUCGGACAGGAGGUCGCGCUGGUAGAGAUCAAGUUGGUCGCCGCUUUCAUCAUGCGCAAGUUUGAUGUUGAAGAGGCCUGGGACGAGUGGGAUGCUGUUCAAACCAAGGGUCGGAAGGACAUUGUUAGAGAAACGAUUUAUGGCUUCAGCUAG